UUUGUUAUUGUUGUUAAUUAUGUUCUUUGAAUACAUGGAACAGUAGACUGUUUCUUUACCGUAAUUAUGAGGUUAUUUGACCGUUUUUGCAUUUAAUGACGAAAUGCUACUCGCACGUUCAGUUAGAACUAUCCAACUCAAACUAACGAGGCCUGGCUGUCUUCUCGCCCAUAACAGCUAUCAUACGUUAGCUAUUGUUACUAGCAUAACGUAGCUCUCUCGCUAGGUGGGCUAAUCCUCCUGUUUUGAGUGAUAAGAACAGAGCAGCUCAGGAGGAGGGAUGAGCCAUUCCCCUGUGAGUGGCCAAGAUGUCCCCGAGGCAACCAACGGGGUGGACUCUCCAACCUCCCCUGAGAUUUCUGACAGGCCUACGCCACACACUCUGAAGUGUGAUGGCAGGACCACGUUACAAGAAGAUGGUCUAGAGGAGGAGACACAGACUACAACAGAGACUAAUGUGGAUGCAGACCACAUAUCUAAUAACUCAGCCGCACAUUCAAAUUCAAACCUGUCACACACUGAAACUCCCGAAACGCACUCCACGUCGCUAACAGACACACACUCACACACACCAAACAGGCAUGCAGAAUCUCCGCCCAAACAUGAACCUCACACAGGUGAAGAAGACCACAAUGAUUCGGUAUUCACUCACAUAUAUGUCACAGAUCUCAUAGACACAGCAACCAAAGACCGACCACACACAGAAACACACAGCACAGACAGACAACAGCACGACAACGCACACACAUACAGUGAAGCCCCAGAUGAUGAUGGAGUGAGAGAAGAGGAGGAGAAUGAUAGAACAGAGAGAAAUGAUGGAGAGCAGGGAGAAGACGAGAAGGCAGAGCCUACGGAACCAUCAUCAUCAUCAUCAUCAUCUCGAAACCCUCCUUCUCGUCUCAGCACAUCGGCCCCUGCCAGCGGGACCGCCCCCUCCCUAGCGGAGACCGCGGCGGACUCGGACGAAGUGCCUCGGCCCAUGCACGUGAUGGCGGAGGUGCGUGUGCGCGGCAUGCCGGACCGCGUGGUGCGGGGCAUGCAGGACAGCAAGAGCCUGGACGAGCUGAGCGGGGCGUGUGGUGGCGGAGGCCCGCGGGGAGGUGCCCGGGGCGGUCAGGCAGAGGGCGGCCGCAGGGCCACCAUCUCCAGCGCCCUGGAGUUAGAGGGCACCGUGAGCCAUGAGGGAGACCUCACCAACUUCAUCUGCAGGAACCUGGAGCAGAAGAUCAAGAUGAUUCAGCUGCCCAGCCUCGGUGUGACUCCUGUUUUGCACUUUGUGAGAACCCACCUGUGUGCAGGCUGUUUACUUCGUUGGUCAGAUAAUCCCGGCUGCAUGUUGUGUCUCCUUCUGUCCUCUGAUCCGCUCCUGUCUCUCUCCGUUUGUCUAGCGGACUCUAGCUCGGGUUCAGUCCGCGGCCGGGGGUCGAUGCGGCGGCCAGCAGACAUCCCCCCGAUUGACCCGUCCGUCUUGUUGGACCUGCAGAGACACACGCAGGACGUGGCGCAGAGUGUAGAGCUCAUGAUGCGCAGCCUCAACGGAACCAUCCAGAACAUGACAGCCUUGAGUGUCGGCUACAUCCAGACGUACAGAGACUCUGUGGAUAGCCUCGGAGAGUCUGUGGACAUGAGCAUAAAGGGAAUGUACACGUUGAUGGCACGUUGUGAGGAGCUGGACCGCUCCAUGCAGCCCAUCCACACGCUUGCUGCUCAGAUCCGAGAUAUCAAGCGCACUCUGGAUGCCCUGGAGGCCGCCUUCUCCUAACCCCCCC